UGCUACGUGCUCUUAUUGUCAGUGAAGCCGUCCGUUUUUGCCAUCCCAUCGUGUGUGUGUUUCCCCUGCGACAGCUACUGACGCUCAAUGCAGCAGGUCAUCUGCUAAACUAGGAGGCAUUCUAGGCAGACGUACACGCGAGAGCGGAUACUUCAAUACGUGUCCUGAGGUUGUUGUCGACGCGUUGUAGCCGUUGACUGCGCACAAUGCUCAACCCUCAGAGGUCUCUGUCGGAACUACCCAAGAUGUCGGCGGCAAGUCAAGUGGAGAGAACGGUUCUGGAGGAAGAGUUCAACUGGCUUCUUAAAGAAGAAGUUCACGCUGUUCUUAAGCAGCUGCUGGAUGUUCUCAAGGAGGCUUCCAGACGUUUCACUAUGCCUACGGCAGGCCUGGAGAGUCAACUCAAACAGGAAAAUUUCAUCCUGGGCAGCUCAACCAUGGAUCAAGUGAAAGGAGUGCUGACACUACAAGGAGAAGCUUUGACUCAGGCGGAUAUCAAUCUGAAGGUUGCAAAGAGUAGUCAAGUGCUACACUUCCAGUUCAGGGAGGACAAACAAUGGAAACUACAGCAGAUCCAAGAUGCAAGAAACCAUGUGACUCAGGCACUUCAGUUGCUAAGCAGCCAUGAUGAGAACUAUGACUUCAAAACAGGAGCUGAAGUUAACAAGCUAAUGGAUGCUGUAAUGCUCCAGCUGACACGUGCACGAAACCGCCUCACCACUCCAGCGUCAAUGACACUCCCUGAAUUGGCCACUAGUGGGCUGAUGAAAAUGUUCACUCCUCCCAUGCCUGGUGAUGUGAUGGUGAAUUUUUACAUCAACUUGAGCAAACUGUGUCUCACUGUUUACCAGCUUCACGUCCUGCCACCAAACACCACCAAGAAUUUCAAGCCGUCUGGAAGUUCUGUACUGCACAAUCCUGGGGCCAUGUUUGAACUCAACAACAACCGGUUUGAGGUCAGCCAUGUCCACAAGGUGGAGUGUGUUGUCCCUUGGCUAAAUGAUGCUCUGGUGUUUUUCACCAUCUCACUCCAGCUCUGUCAGCAGCUCAAAGACAAGACCUCUGGCGCGGCACAGUGGGGCACCUGGUAAAGUGUUGGCCUCACACUUAUGAGGUCCCAGGUUCAAUCCCUGUGUGGAGUUUGCAUGUUCUCCCCAUGCCUGCAUGGGUUUUCUCCGGGCACUCCGGUUUCCUCCCACAUUCCAAAAACAUGAAACAUGUUGGACACUCUAAAUUGCCCCUAAGUGUGAUUGUGACUGCAGCUGUUUGUCUCAAUGUGCCCUGCGAUUGGCUGGCAACCAGUUCAAGGUGUACCCAACCUCCUGCCCAUUGACAGCUGGGAUAGGCUCCGGCACUCCCUGCCACCCUCAUGAGGAUAAGCGGCAAAGAAAAAGGAUGGAUGUUCACCUCUAACAGUCUAACCAAUUAUACUUUUCUCCCCAAUUGAUGGUAAUAGGUUCAAAAUUUUGGGCUGUUGAAUUUUGUUGCCUAGUGUCAUUUCCUGCACCAGUGUUUUGGUAAUGAACGCUAAGGAGUUCAUGAAGGGGAGCCAAGUGGUGUAUUUUUAAUGUUAUCUUAUUUAGACAUUUUAGUUUGGUGCGUGUAGAAAGUGACUACUUACGUAAUACGGUGACUCAAUACGGGACGUUGUGACGUGGCUCCAAAUUAAGGAGCAAGGAUUCUGUUAAUUAAUGGACAAAGACAGCCACCUUGUGGCCACCAGAAGUCAUAGGAACUGCAGGGAAGCGGAGUGGGGCAACCAUUCAAUUCCCAAAAAAACGCACACUAACGCAAACACCAAAGGCGUGAAAAAUCGUAAUCAGGCAAGUUGGCUCCUCUGGUGCUAAUGACUAAAAUAUUUACACUAUACAGUUUAUAUAAUAUAUAUAUAUAUAUAUACACACUGUACAUAAUGUACACGGUCAUUAAUUCAACACAGCAUUAUGCAAACCAGUCAGCGCAGUCUCAGGAGCUAACAAUGAGACAUGUACAUAAUUUUAAUGUGACAGAAUGGAUUUUACUGAAACUGCAAAAAAUAAUAAUGAACAACCCUUUUCAUAUAGCCCAGUGUUCAGUAAUUAUUCAUUUAUUUGUCAUAUAGUAAUUAAUUGUUUUGGAACUUGUGCUUUAUUGUUUAUUAUAGCAAUUGUAUUUUGCAAGGAUGUCGAAGUGCUCAGACUCAUACUGAGAGCAGAGUGAAGCAACUCAAUAAAGCUCAACCCAUUCUAAAGGUUAAUCACUGACGUCUGUUAUCAUUCUGGGUGUGAACAAGGAAGUUGCUGCAACUUCGGCAUUUAAGCAGUACUGCAUUCUAUCCAGUGCAUGUGUGUAGUACCAUACGUAAUGCUGUAUGGAAAGAUAUUGGACUUUUGUCCAAUCAGUUGUAAGUUCUCACACAAAUAACCAGGAGGGAGUGGAUAUGUUGAGUAUUUGGGCGACUGGUAUGUAGAAAUAUUGUUGAAAUAAAAGCCUUGCAGGUGUGAUUUGUUUUCAGUUGUUUCAAGUUACAUUGCUACAUGCACAAAGUAUGGAUAAAUCUGUUCUCCGAAUUUAAAACAUCCUUGAGGGCCACGUAGACAGCAACUUAAGAUAAAAAGUUUUAUUAGAAAGAUGGCAGUGAGAUGGAUCGAUUUGUUAGCUUUGGUAGUUUCAUAACAAAGUCAUUAAGUUUUGCACAUGACAGUGAAAUGAAAAUGAUAUUUAAAAUUUAUUCAUCUGCAAAGGCAGAUUGUGGGGAGGCUAUCCAUCAUGAUUGAUUAUUUAUUCAUGAAACAUUUGCUGUGUAUGCUG